AUGCAUCUUCUCCAACAAGUCACCGCCGCUUCGGCCUUUGCGUCAAUUGUAGCCGCUGCUCCUUAUCCAUUGGUCUCCAAGCGUUCAAGCAAUGUGACAGGCGCCGCCAAAUUCACCGUCCCUCAGGGUCCACCGAAGCUCCAAGGCAAGAAGAUAGCCGGUCCUAUUGCCCUGGCGCGCGUCUACGGGAAAUAUGCUAGGAUUGGAGCGAAUGCACCAGCCAAAGUCAACGCGGCCGCUUCUAAGGCUGCGGGAACCAACGAUGGAACGGUGGUUGCCAGCCCGGAGCAAUACGAUCAGGCUUAUCUCGAGUCUGUCACUGUUGGCGGUCAGACUUUGAACUUGGACUUUGACACUGGAUCGUCUGAUCUAUGGGUCUUCUCAUCCGAGCUGCCCGCAAACGAGCAGACCGGCCACAACAUUUACAAUCCCGCCAGCUCCAAAACCUCCAAAGUCGACACCGGCGAGACGUGGAGUAUCAGUUACGGAGACGGCAGCUCAGCCAGCGGCAACGUCUACACUGACGUCGUCAACAUCGGCGGUACCACCGUCACCGGCCAGGCCGUCGAAUUGGCCGAGACCAUCAGCUCGGAGUUCGCUCAAGACCAGAGCGAUGGCCUCCUCGGCCUCGCCUUCAGCUCCAUCAACACCGUCACCCCCAACCAGCAACAGACCUUCUUCGCCAACUCCGAGUCCAGCCUCGAAUCCCCGCUCUUCACCGCCAACCUGAAGAAGGGCGAGCCCGGUAGCUACAACUUCGGCUACGUCGACUCCAGCGAGUACACGGGCGACAUCACCUACACCGCCGUGGACAACUCCCAGGGGUUCUGGGGCUUCACCUCCAGCGGGUACGCCGUCGGCUCCGGAUCCGCCGUCAGCGAAAGCAUCCCCGCCAUCGCCGACACGGGAACGUCCCUCCUCCUCCUCCCCGACGACCUCGUCUCCGCCUACUACGCGCAGGUCUCCGGAUCCUCCAACAGCCAGACGGACGGCGGGUACAUCUUCGCCUGCUCCGCCGCCCUCCCCGACCUCACGCUCCAGAUCGAAGGCUACGCGGCCGUGGUCCCGGGUAGCUACCUCAACUACGCCCCCGCCUCCGAGAGCGGGAGCUGCUUCGGCGGGCUCCAGAGCAACGACGGCAUCGGGCAGUCCAUCUUCGGUGAUGUCUUCCUCAAGUCGCAGUUCGUCGUCUUCGAUGACGCGUCUGGAGGCCCUCAGCUUGGGUUCGCGGCCAAGGAUCUGUAG